CUGGGCAACCCUGCAAGCUAAACCCGAUUCCCACACGCGAGGGAGGGAAGAGAGCAACCGCGAGAGAGAGCGCCACGCAUCGCCAUCGCCGCAAUCCCAAUUCCCACGCACGCCCACCAAUCCCGCCCUUAACCCAAUCGGGAACGCCACCCAAUCGAAUCCGCCAGCAGCAGAGGCCGCGCUUUGCUAGUCUGGCCGCGGUGGCUUGGACCGCGCCCCAUCCCGCCGCCCAGGGAGCACCGCAGAGCUCGCGGUGCCUUUAAUGGCGCUGGAGUCUUCCCUCGCGGUCCGUAGGCCCGCCACGAAGAGGAUUUAACCUGCAGGCCCCUCGCUCCGUUCCGUCGCAGCGCACUGGCCCCUGGUGUUGAGAGAGGCGAGCAUACGGCGUCGGAGAUGAAUGGCCGGGCUCGGAGGCCGGCGGCGGCGCACGGCGCGAAGGCCGCCCCGAAGGGCGACAGGGGGAUGAUGAUGCAGAAGGACCAGCGGAAGGCCAUGCCGGCCAAGGGGCCGACCGCCGGCGCGGCGGCCAGAGGCGUGGCGAACAGAGUCCACUCGAGGCGGGAGCGGAAGCUCGCGCUGCAGCAGGAUGUGGACAAGCUGAAGAAGAAGCUGCGGCACGAGGAGAACGUCCACCGAGCUCUGGAGCGGGCCUUCACCAGGCCGCUCGGCGCGCUGCCCCGCCUGCCCCCGUACCUGCCGUCUCAGACGCUGGCUCUUCUGGCGGAGGUGGCCGUGCUGGAGGAGGAGGUGGUGCGGCUGGAGGAGCAGGUGGUCAAUUUCCGGCAAGGCAUCUACCAGGAGGCCAUCAUCUUCUCCUCCGCCAAGAACGCGCACCUCCCCGGCGGCGGCGGCGGCGAGGGAUGCGUGCCGGCGCAGCCCAUGCCGUCGAGCCCAACCCCAAAUGCAGAGCUCUCUCCAACUGUUCGUCCGUCGCCGAACGGCAAGCAGACGCAGACACCAAGAAAGCCGACUCCCGCUCAGGCGAGCCAGGACGAGCACUCCGGCGGCUCCGGGGCUGGAAAGGAGAACCUGUCGUGCAGCAACACCUCGACGGCCAGAAACUGCCGCCUGUCGCCGUCGCAGAAGGUCGCCGCCAAACCCAGGGCGCCGGCGGCAGCGGCGCCAGAGAAACGCAGGGCGGCUCCUCAGGCGAUCAGUACGGCGCCUGACCGCAAAAGGGUCGCAGACGCUGCCGGCAAUGGUGCAGAGAAGGACGGCUCGAGCGCGCCCAACAGGCUGUCGGAGGAGCUGCUGAGCUGCCUGCUGACCAUCUUCUCGCAGAUGGGCUCGCCGGCGCCGGCGCCGGCGAGCGGCCAGGACGAGGAGCAGCAGCCGGUGUCCCCGUCGGUGUCCGGGUCGGUCGCGUCGGAGGACGCGUACCCGCAGGACCCCUACGGCAUCCUGGAGCUGGGCGGCCGGGACGUCGGCCCCUACAGGCGGCUGGGCGUGGUCGACGCGGCGUCCUUCGACCGCGAUGCGCUGGCCGGCAACACGCUCCUCGCCCGGAGACUGAGGGCGUUGCUCCGGAAGCUCGGCUCGGUUGACCUGGCGGGGCUCUCGCACCAGCAGAAGCUGGCCUUCUGGAUCAACGUCUACAAUUCCUGCAUGAUGAAUGCAUUCCUGGAGCAAGGGAUACCUACCACGCCCCAUGAGCUCGUGGCAAUGAUGCCAAAGGCGACGGUAGAUGUGGGCGGGCGCACGCACAGCGCCAUGUCCAUCGAGCACUUCAUCCUGCGCCUGCCCUACAGCGUCAAGCACGUGAGCCCUGAGGGCGAAGGAACCAAGGGCGGCGACGAGGCGGCGCGCGCUGGCGCGUUCGGACUGGAGUGGCCGGAGCCGCUCGUCACCUUCGCGCUCUCCUGCGGGAGCUGGUCCUCCCCCGCCGUGAGGGUGUACACGGCGGCGCGGGUGGAGGAGGAGCUGGAGGGCGCGAAGCGGGACUACCUGCAGGCGGCGGUGGGGGUGUCGGCGCCGGCGAGCCUGGCCAUCCCCAAGCUGCUGCACUGGUACCUGCUGGACUUCGCCAAGGACGUGGACUCACUCAUGGACUGGGUCUGCCUGCAGCUGCCGACCGAGCUGCGGCAGGGCGCCAUGCGCGCCGUGGCCGCCGCCGACGCGCGCCGCCGAAUCCAGGUGCUCCCCUACGAGUUCCGGUUCAGGUACCUCCUGGCCGCGUGAGGUGUGUCGUGUUUGUAACUAGAGUUGUACACAGGGUUGGGUUGCGUUGCGAUGGAUGAAUAAAGGUUUCUGGUUUGUGUUUUGCUGCAA